CCCACAGCUGUCAUACAUUUUUUUUCCCUUUUUUGUUUCUUCUCGCUUCUUCUUUCUUUCUCUUCCCCUUCCCCUUCGGCAGCUAUCUGAUUUACCCAUCACUGCGUCGCUCCGGCGGAGCGAUCGGCGGCCAUGGCGGCGUCGCUGCAAGCAUCAUCCUCCUCCCUCCGCUCGCGCCUCCUCUCCUCCUCUGCCACUUGGUCUCCCUGGCGCCUCCUCCUGUCCUCCUCCGUCCACUCGGACGCCUCCCACAAAACCGAAACCCUCGCCUUCGACGAGAUCCAGCUUUCACCCGAGAAGCCUUCCACCGCCACGGCCUUCGUUCUCCACGGCCUCCUGGGAUCGGGUCGCAACUGGCGCACCUUCUCCCGCACCCUCGCCUCCCAACUCCGCGACCGUUCCCCCUCCGAUGAGUGGAGGAUGGUUCUUGUGGACUUGAGGAAUCAUGGGAACUCGGCCAGGAUCAAAGGGCUGUGCCCACCCCAUGAUAUGUCGAGUGCUGCAAAAGACCUUGCUGACUUGGUGAAGGCCAAGGGCUGGUCAUGGCCGGAGGUCGUCAUGGGUCACUCCAUGGGUGGAAAGGUUGCACUGGAUUUUGCGGAGAGUUGUUCCCGUGGUGACUAUGGAGAAUCUGCUGCUCUUCCCAAACAGCUCUGGGUGCUCGAUUCUGUCCCUGGACAAGUAAAAAUAGAUAACAGUGAUGGUGAAGUUGAACGGGUUUUGCAAACACUAGCAAGUCUUCCUGCAUCGCUUCCAUCGCGCAAGUGGGUUGUGGACCACAUGAUCAGUCUUGGCUUUUCUAAGUCACUUUCAGACUGGAUUGGCAGCAACUUGAAGAAGGAUAAUGAACAUGUGACUUGGGGUUUUGAUCUUCAGGCCGCGAUAGACAUGUUCAAUUCUUAUAGAGAAAGAAGCUAUUGGACACUGCUGGAGAACCCACCUAAGGGUAUGGAGAUUUCAAUAGUACAAGCAGAGCAGAGUGAUAGAUGGCACCCUGAUGAUGUGCAGAGGCUAAAAGCAUUGUCAAGGAGAGGAAGCAAACCUGACGGGGGCAAAGUGUCUCUUCAUGUUCUCCCCAACUCCGGCCAUUGGGUUCAUGUGGACAAUCCCAAGGGUCUACUCGAGAUUAUGGCACCAAACUUCCUCUCUACUGGUCAAAAUUGACGUGUUGUUGGCCAUCAAACCGCAGCCCUUCUUAGUGUUUGUUGGCACAUUUGAUACCAUUUAUGCUCUCUUUUUUUCGAUUGGGUGAGAGCCUUUUGUGCUUUCUGUCAAUAAAAAGAUGAAGAUUUGUUGAUAUCAUUUUUUCCCUUUAUUUUUUGGUGAAACUAAUUGAUGGAAACCAUAUUUUGUGUUCUGGUAGUCAAGGAGACAUGUUUCAUGGUGUAAGCAGAUGAGCAACUUUGCUGACCUUUCUGACAGAUUAUAUACUGCUGAUCCAGUAGCA